CGCAGUUGAUAGGUAUGUGGAAAGAGCAGGAAACAUUUUAGAGUCCGUCACAACAAUUUGUUCUUUGGUCGGUUCGUUGUGAAUAACCGAAUCCGAUUGACUGAAUCAAGGAUUAUCGCGCCGACUGAACGAGCAGUUAUCAUUAAUACCUAUUUUGGCUUUAAUAUUUAAAAAUUUAGUUUUUUAAAUCGGAAAACCGUGACUGCGAGGUUUGGGCGUGUUUGAAUCUCAAGUGCUGAAGAGACUGACUGCCUCCUCCUCCUCACUACUGGAUGCUAGCGCGAUAGCCUCUGCAUGUCGUUGCAGUCGUAGUUAAAGUUGUGUUAUAGUCUGCGGUUCUUUUAUUUAUUCGGAGGCCAAGAGAGAAAAAGAUGGGAUGUACGCUAAGCACGGACGACAAGGCGGCGCAGGAGAGAAGCAAGAUGAUCGACAGGAACCUGCGAGACGACGGAGAAAAGGCAGCUCGAGAGGUCAAGCUGCUCCUGCUCGGUGCUGGAGAGUCUGGGAAAAGUACAAUUGUUAAACAGAUGAAGAUCAUCCAUGAGGCCGGCUACUCAGAGGAGGAGUGUAAGCAGUACAAGGCUGUGGUGUUCAGCAACACCAUCCAGUCCAUCAUCGCUAUCAUCAGAGCUAUGGGACGCCUUAAGAUCGACUUUGCCGAUGCCGGCAGAGCGGAUGACGCCCGGCAGCUGUUCGUCCUGGCGGGAUCGGCAGAAGAGGGCUUUAUGACCGCGGAGCUGGCCGGUUCCAUCCAGCGUCUGUGGAAAGAUGGAGGCGUUCAGGCCUGCUUCAGCCGCUCCAGGGAGUACCAGCUCAACGACUCUGCAUCUUAUUACCUAAAUGACCUGGACAGGAUAUCCAACCCUUCUUACGUCCCUACCCAGCAGGAUGUGUUGAGGACCAGAGUGAAGACUACGGGUAUCGUGGAAACACACUUUACCUUUAAGGACCUGCACUUCAAGAUGUUUGACGUCGGUGGUCAGAGGUCCGAGAGGAAGAAGUGGAUCCAUUGUUUUGAGGGAGUCACCGCCAUCAUCUUCUGCGUGGCUCUGAGCGACUACGACCUGAUGCUGGCUGAAGAUGAAGAAAUGAACCGAAUGCACGAGAGCAUGAAGCUGUUCGACUCCAUCUGCAACAACAAGUGGUUUACAGACACCUCCAUCAUCCUGUUCCUCAACAAGAAAGAUCUGUUUGAGGAGAAGAUCAAGAAGAGCCCUCUUGUUAUCUGCUACCCGGAAUACGCAGGCUCUAACACCUAUGAGGAGGCUGCAGCUUAUGUGCAGUGCCAGUUCGAGGACCUGAACAAGAGAAAGGACACCAAGGAGAUCUACACCCAUUUCACAUGUGCCACCGACACCAAGAACGUGCAGUUUGUGUUUGACGCCGUCACCGACGUCAUCAUCAAGAACAACCUGAAGGAUUGUGGCCUUUUCUAAAAGGCAGCCCAACGGUCAGCUUACACACCGACUUUAUCCAAGUGAAGUCUGAGUGGAGGAGCCUUUGUGGACCCUGCUGAGAAAGUCACCUUUAACCUCUUAUUAACUUAUGUUCAUCUCUAAAAGUUUUACAGACCGUGUGUAGAGAAAAACAUUUUGUGUAAAAUAUUUGUACAACAGUCUAUGGCCAGGAAUUUUUAGGAGUUUUUAAAAUGUGUUUUACCUUAUCAUUAUUUUUAUUUUUUAUAUAUAUAAAUAAAAAAAAGGGGGGCCUUUUUUUUUGUCCGUAAAUGAACACUUGUUUGUAGUUGUUCUUGCUUUGCAUGCUUUAGUUAUUGCUUGUUUUUUGUUAUUUUAAGGAUUUAGGUUAAUCCCGUUGCCACCGACCAUCUUUCCAAAAGUCCACUAAUUUCAUUCAAUCUGUUUAAUUUUUGUCUAAUUUUGUCUCCUUGUUCAACAAAAACAAGCAAGACCAGGUCACACCGCAGACCAAUUCACUCUGACGCUGACAAACUGUGAGCUGUGUGUGUGUGUGUGUGUGUGUGUGUGUGUGUGUGUGUGUGUGUGUGUUCUGUGAGAGAGUGCAUUGUUUCAAUUGAAGCCAAAUGCUGGUUAGAGUGAUUGUGUGUGUCUGGGUGUGUGAACGUGAGCACAAUAUAAACAAAGGGACUUUUAUUCCUCUACUUGUCAUCCUCUUUCAAAGUUUUAUUUUUCUAAUCAACCAAAAACGAAGCUAACUGUCCGUAGUGAAGGCACAAUGUGGCUGCUACAAGCAUUCCUCAGUAGAAAAUGAAGGAAGGAAGCUUUGAGAAGAGGAUGGCCGAUGGUGGCCUUGUAGCGGAUGUGUCCGUGUGUAGAUCUGUGUUCGGUGCAUUUAGACAGACAGCCGGAUGAGUUCAAGUGCACUGUUAUUGAUUAGAACCUGUGAUGGUUUCAAGUCGCAUAUCUGCCCAUCAGAACCCCCCACCACCUUCCCAUUGUUUCCAGUGGAUGGGGACAUUAGUGGACUAACCUCCAUGAUUUUGCUAAUAAAAGGGUUGUCGUGGUGAAACCGUGGCAACUUGCACAACA